UGCGAACCAUAGAGUAUCCGGAUGCGCGCCCGCCGCUGGAGGAUUUUCACGUUAUGCGGGAAGUUGUCUGUAAUUCAGUGAGAUGAGCACGUUGGUUUUAGAUAACGGGGCGUACACCGCUAAAAUUGGAUACAACAACGGUGAAGUGAGCGUAAUUCCCAACUGUCAGUUCAGAUCAAAGACCGCUCGCCUAAAAACAUUUACGGCCAAUCAGAUUGAUGAAGUAAAAGACCCCUCUGGCCUCUUUUAUAUUCUCCCAUUUCAAAAGGGUUACUUGGUGAACUGGGAUGUCCAAAGACAGGUUUGGGAUUAUCUGUUCGGGAAGGAAAUGUUUCAGGUGGACUUUGUUGAUACCAACAUCAUUAUCACUGAGCCCUAUUUUAACUUCACUUCAAUACAAGAGUCCAUGAAUGAGAUUUUGUUUGAAGAAUAUCAAUUCCAAGCAGCACUCCGGGUUAAUGCCGGAGCUCUAAGCGCACACAGAUUUUUCCGAGACAAUCCAUCAGAGCUGUGCUGCAUCAUUGUAGACAGCGGCUAUUCCUUUACACACAUCGUGCCGUAUUGUCGAAGUAAGAAAAAACGAGACGGGAUUAUAAGAAUCAAUGUUGGUGGAAAGCUGCUAACAAAUCAUCUAAAAGAGAUUAUCUCAUACAGACAGCUACAUGUCAUGGACGAGACCCAUGUCAUUAACCAAGUAAAAGAGGAUGUAUGCUAUGUAUCCACAGACUUUUAUAGGGAUAUGGAUAUUGCAAAGCUGAAAGGAGAAGAGAACACUGUUAUGAUAGAUUAUGUGUUACCAGACUUCAGCACAAUCAAGAAGGGCUUUGUUAAGGCAAGGGAAGAGAUGGUGUUUAGUGGGAAGCCUACAGCAGGGGAGCAAAUACUCCGCUUGACUAAUGAGAGAUUUGCGGUUCCAGAGAUCAUUUUCCAUCCUUCAGACAUAGGGAUUCAAGAAAUGGGGAUUCCAGAAGCCAUUGUACAUUCCAUUCACAAUCUUCCAGAAGAAAUGCAGCCUCAUUUCUUUAAGAAUAUUGUUCUCACUGGAGGAAGCACCUUGUUCCCAGGGUUCAGGGAACGGGUUUUCUCGGAGGUUCGCAAGCUCACACCGACGGACUAUGAUGUUUCGGUUAUUCUACCUGAGAACCCUAUAGCUUACUCUUGGGAAGGUGGAAAGUUAAUAUCGGAAAAUGAUGACUUUGAAGAUAUGGUUGUAACUAGAGAGGAAUAUGAAGAAAAUGGCCAUUGUAUUUGUGAAGAGAAGUUUGAUAUAUAAGUCAUUUUCACUUUUGUUAAUAUGUACAUAUUCUUUUAUUGCUGCAUUUGUUCCAUUAUUUAUUUGAUUUUCAUUAAAAAGGAAACAACCUCUAAGAAUUA